GUCGUUCCCGGACAUAGUGGUGGACGGAAUCGUGAUGAAUAUACGUGAAAAUCUAUCUUGAAGGUAUACUACAGCUCCACUGCUUGGUUUUUUGAAGAUGCAGUUGUGAUCAACCCUUAGCCGCUAGUAUCUAUCUGUACUGAAAAGGACUACUUGCUUGGCUCUGCAACGGCGUUUUGUGAAUUUCUGACAGGUUCUCGAGAGAGAUUUACAGCCAAGACUUCUAUUUAUCCUUUUUGGUGUGGCUGUGGGUCCAUGAAUGUUGAGACGAGACUCCAUCGGCAGCCUGAAAGAUUGUCCGUAGAUAUUUUGGUGCGACGUUUUGUCAUCUAGCAGAAGAUUUCAUGGUAGAAACAAGGUAGAAAGAACAGUAUGCACGUUAACAGUAACAUCGGAGAAAAAACCGCCGGGGUGUCAUAUCUACCGUGGCUUGAAGAAGCACAGGUCAGCGGGCCAAGUAGGUCUUGGCGGUCGGGAUCCGAAGAUGAGCAGCGAUGCACGGAAAAUGGAGGAGGAUUUGAUGAAAGUGCUGAUGCCCCCUCCGAAAUUGAACAAAGCAGGUCUAGACAGGCUAUUGCGAGAUGGGAAGAAGAAGAACAAAAAAGCGACCCGAGAGCUUUCUGGCACGCCCUUGAUUCGCUCGGCAAAGAGAAAAAACGAGCCGCGCGCUCUGGUGAGGAUCGAUUUCGAGAAGCGCCCGGGAGGCAGAGAAGCGGGUUCAGCAGCCUCUCGGAGCAUAAGGGCGGCGAGAGACGGAGACGUGGAGCAGCUUCUUGCAGAGCUCGACUCUAUACGGGAUAUGCUUUCAAGGGAUGACGCUAAUUCGACGUCAGCCGACGUCCGCGCGCAGCAAGGCGUGCGAGCGAUGAAUCCGGGCGGCGCAAUUGGUUUCUUCAAAUGCAGAGUCGAGGAUGUUGUGCGUGUUUAUCGCAGUAUAGCUGAUCCUUCCUUGGCGGCCCGGGUACGCUAUCGCGAUUGGCGCAAGUUCCAGAACCUGAGGCCAGAGUAUAUUUUGAUGCACUUGCUCAGGGAAACAGAGAGCGAAAACAUUAUGCCUCCAAACCGCAUUCGUGAUCGUGAAUCUUGAUGCGCAACAUUUUCUGGCUGGCAGUAGCGACGACAAAAAAC